AUGGACACCCAGGGCCCCUCCUCGCCUUCGCUGUCAUCCCUUCCCGUCCCGACACCCAGCGCUACCAGUGACGAGCCAUCUGGCUCUCCUAGCAGCAGUACUCCUGGACCUUCGCAGCAGUCCCCAGUGCUGGAGUCAGAUCCUUCAGGAUCCGUUGCACAGGGGGAGCGCCAUCCAAAGGGCAAGAGGAAACGGACCGCAGCCAAAGACAAGGCGAUCCUCGAGGCAGCCUACAGCGCAAACCCAAAACCCGACAAGGCGGCGCGUCUCGACAUCGUAAAACGCGUCUCGCUCAAUGAGAAGGAGGUGCAGAUCUGGUUCCAAAACCGUCGGCAGAAUGAUCGGCGGAAGUCUCGUCCGCUUUCACCCCAGGAGAUAGCAGCUCUGAGAUACGGCGGCAUGCAGAUCCUCUCGUCCGACCCCGUUCCCUACAACAACUCAGCGUUCAGCCCUGACAACCACAAUCCCUCGCCACCCCAAAGCAUGCCGCCUCUAGAACAACGCGCCGCCUCGCCCUUUCCUUCAGACCCCGCCGCCUUUCCUUCUGACCCCGCCGCCUUUCCUUCUGGAGACGAGACGGAGAAGGUACAAAAGGCAAGAGAGGUGCGGGACAUGCCCCACGAGACCAGCCUACUGGAAAAGACGGAGGUUCUUCAGGAAUCCGCUGUGCCAUCCCUGAAUGAAAGACCCGGUGGGCAGCCCCGCCAUUCACUCUCGCGGUCUUUUUCCGCCUCGCUCGGCUAUCUGUCUAAUCGAUGGAACGCGGCGAGCUCCUUUGGUACACAAUCCCACCGCGCGGGUGACGACUCGUUCAAUUCGGCCCCUUUCUCAUCAUCCUGCCCAUCCUCGAUCGCUUCGGGCCCGAUCCUGCCUCUACCCGGUUCUCAGCCAUCAAAAUUCCGCUUGUCUACUUCGUUGGAGGGCAAAGCUGAGGUCGUUCCCUCAAUACCUUCACCGCCACGUCCUGUCGCUGCGCCUCCUACCCCCGAAGCAUUGCAGUCUCUAAGCUCUAUACGCCGGCCAAGUCUGCAGCGCCGCCACAGCGCAUCGCCCUCUAUCACUCUGCCGCCCAUAUCAUCGCUUACCAACACAUUGUCCGCGCCAAAUAGUGGUCCGCUUCCUCCCCGUCUAACUCGUGGCCGAUCGCGGGACGUCCAUGCUUGGGAGUUUUGCUGCGACGCAGAGCAUCGCGAGGAUGCCCUGACAGUGCAGGCCAAGCACGAGAGCAGCGGCUCUGCCGUUGCCGCUAUCAGCCUGCUCAGGUCAACGGGUCUGAGUGGCAGCAGCCCCCUGCAACAGAGCAGCAAUGCAAAACGCAAUGCCUCCAUGACUAAGGCCGCGCCGCGCUCCGGCAUGGCCAAGAAGCCCAAACUAGCGAGAGCAUCGAGCAGUGUAGCAAGAAUGCAAAGCGCUCUAGGUGUCACCGAAAAGCACAAUAUCCAGAGGGAUCUCGGCGUGCCGCCUGACAAGGUCAAGGUUAACACCCUCGUGUCCUUGUCAGGUAAUGACUCGGAUAAAGAAAACUGGAGCCCCGACGAGGACGGCAACGCGCGGGCCUAUUCUUUCCACCGUGCGCCUCAUGCCAACAACGGAACUUCAGGUCGGAGACCGCUUCCAUCCGGACCGUCGAGGCUGGAUAAGAGAAACCCCCGCCGGACACCAGGAAACGCACUCCAAGAAACACGGAGCCCGUCCUUCCUUGCCACCCGCGCCAACACGGCCCCUGUGCGUGGCUUCCAGUCUCGGCGGGGCAAGCGUGCCGAGUCACCCCUCGAGAUUUACGAGGACGCAGAGAACAACAGCCCAGAGACCCGCCCCGUGCUGGACGAUGAAGUGGAGCGCUUCAUGCGGGGCGAGGUCAGCCCCAGCAAGAGGGGAGACGUGGAUGCGGUCGCAGGCCUGCUCUCGCUCAGCCAGGGCAAUUGGCGGUGA